AUGGAGAAAGACGAUGGCGGAGAAGAGGAUCCAUGCGCGAUGACAAGAACUUCGUUGUACUACUUUGGAGAAUCAGGACAAACGGAUGAUGCGUACUCCGUUACAAUCAUCGAGUCUGUCGAUUUCGUUGCAAAACGUUGUUGUUUACUUGUUCAGAGCAUGGAAGAAGAAUAUGGAUUGUUCGUAUGGCCGUGUAGUAUUGUUCUAGCUGAGUAUGUUUGGCAGCAAAGAUCUCGCUUUUCUGGAGCUAACGUGGUUGAGCUUGGAGCAGGAACUUCUUUGCCUGGGUUAGUGGCUGCAAAAGUGGGUUCAAUUGUUACAUUAACUGAUGCUUCCGACAAACUAGAGGUAUUGGAAAACAUGAGGAAGGUAUCUGAUAUAAACAAGCUGAAUUGCAAGGUAAUGGGAUUGACAUGGGGAAGUUGGGAUGAGGAAAUAUUCAGUUUAAAACCAAAGAUUAUCCUUGGAGCUGAUGUGUUGUAUGAUAAUAUUGCCUUUGCUGAUCUCUUCGCCACUGUCACAUUCCUUCUACAAAAUUCUCCUGGUUCUACUUUUAUCACAACUUAUCACAACAGAAGUGGGCAUCAUCUGAUCGAGUUCUUGAUGGCGAAAUGGAAUUUGAAGUGUGUGAAACUGUUGGAUGGAUUUUCAUUUAUGCCUUCUCAUAAGGCCUCUGGAUUAAGUGGCAAUAUCCAAUUGGUGGAAAUUGAAUUGAAUAAUACCUUACCACAAAGUUUAUAAUCUGAACCAGCAAUUGUAUUACUAGUGUUGUCAUAUUUCUAACAAUUUACUGAUGAGAGGAAUAAACUGAAACAGGUUGGUUAAACAAAGUUAUAUUAGAUCUAGAUUUGUAUUAAUUUAUAAAUAAAUAUUUUAAAAAAUCCACUAUUGUACUC